UUGUGUGAGGAAUGUUACAGUCAGUCUCAUCAGUAUCUCGACUGAGAGUCUGCUGGACCUGCUAAUCCUUGGUCACCAUGAGAGGUUGUUCUUUGGUCCUAUUUCGAUACGUCUUCCUGAUUACAGUCCUCGAAACAGUUGCUCGCAGACGCUUCCAAGACGCGUUCACUGGUGAUAGCAAAUUAUCGCUUUCACGGCUUUCUGGCCACCUUGCUGGUUGGCAUCCUAACAAUAAUGCCUGGAAUGAGAAACUUUAUCCCAAGUGGAAGAGAAAUGACAUCCGAUGGAAAAACUGCUGGAAAGGAGGAAAGGUCAUCGCCCACUUGGGCAAUGAUGGGCCUACACUGGUUAGAGCGAAUGUAACUUUUAACGUGGUGCUUAAAUUACCUAAAUGUCAAAAAGAGGAUGAUAAUGGUGAUAUCGUUUAUGACAAAAACUGCAAAAAUGCAUCUUCAUUCUUUCCUGGGCAAUAUGUAUAUAACUGGAGUUCCUGGAUUGAUGAAUAUGGUUGGUUUAACCACACCACGUUUACCAAAUAUAAUGUCUUCCCAGAUGGUCAUUCUUUUCCUAGACAUAUGGAUUGGAGGCAUAAGAACUUUGUCUAUAUUUGGCAUACCCAAGGCCAAUACUAUCAAAAUAUUGGGCGAUCCAGUAUGACUCUUUCUAUCAAUACGACUAACAUCACACUGGGUGACCAUAUGAUGACUGUGUCUGUCUAUCGAAGAGAUCACCAUAGAAAAAAAUACAUUCCAAUUGCAACAGCAAGUGGCCCAUACACGGUUACAGAUCAUAUUCCAACAUAUGUGCACAUUUCACAAAAAAACAAUCGCAAUACCACAAAAAAUACCUACAUCAAGGACUUAGAUGUUAUCUUUGAAGUUAAACUUCAUGAUCCCAGUGAAUAUCUGAAAAAUGCUGCCAUAUCCUAUAGUUGGGAUUUUGGUGAUGGACAUGCGCUUUUAUCAAAAAGUCCAACUGUUCUACACAACUUCACUAGUUCAGGGAAUUUCAAACCUAAAUUGAUUGUUGAGGCAAUUCUAUUAGUUUCCUGUAGCUCCAUUAUACCAACUACAUUGAGCCCAACUACAGAACAGGGCACUACAACUGAAUUGAGCACUCCAACCAAAGGGAGCAUGACAACCGAUUGGAGCACCACGAUCAAACAGAGCACUACGAUUAUAUCGAGCCCUACCACCGAACAGAGCCCUACCACUGAACAGAGCCCUACCACUGAACAGAGCCCUACCACUGAACAGAGCUCUACCACUGAACAGAGCCCUACCACUCAACAGAGCCCUACCACCGAACAGAGCCCUACCACCGAACAGAGCUCUGCAACUAAACUGAGCACUGUGACCAAUGCAGAUACUACAACUGGUACCACAACAACAAUUGCUUAUACCAAUGGUACAAACAGUCCACUGCAGCUUGAGAAAAGAGAUGUCUCAGGAUUAUCCUGUAAUCUUCACAGAUAUGGUUACUUUGAAACAAAUAUCACAGUUGUGGAUGGAAUUGUCGGAGUCAGCAUUGUGGAGGUGACCAGUGUUCAGAUCUCCACAGAACUUCAGCAGAACUCCAUGGUGAAUUUUGUUGUCACAUGUAAGGGCAGUAUACCUACUGACGUUUGCACUAUAAUUGGCGACAGUUCAUGCAUGAUGCUGCAAAACAUGAUCUGUGACCCUGUUGAGGCUGUUGAUACAUGUUAUUUGACCCUUCAUAGACGCUUCAAUGAAUCUGGCAUCUACUGCGUCAACAUCACAUUGAGCGAUAAUACCAGUUUAGCUGUGGCUAGUACUCUGGUAUCAAUUGAAGGUUCCAGCAGUAAUACAGGCCUGCAUGGUGUCUUAAUACUUGGCAUUUGCCUGGUGAUUCUUAUUAUUGGUGCUGCCUUUUUCCUAUACAAGCGUUACAAAGAAUAUACACCAAUUGUUAGACGAUUGAAUGACAGAAAUAAACAACUGGUGGUGAAUAAUGGUGAUGCCACUGUGUACUUCAAUAACCUGAGAAACAAACUCUUCCUUGUGAAUGAUGAGAAGAGCCCAUUACUGAAGAAACCUGGAGUCAUUUAAUCAGAGAUACUCAUCUAACCAGACGUGUGCUCCAGGAACAGUCAACUUUCUGUCUGAAUACUUGUGUUGCUUCUGCAAAUCUUGAAUAUAGAAAUAUUAUAUUAUACUGCUUAGCUCCUCUUUACAAGUGGAUUACAAUAUAAAUUACUUGAAAUCCAGCUCUCCUUCACAGUGCUUGAGGGUAUAAGUCUAUAUGUAUUUAUAAACGUUAUAAGCAACUGCAAAUGUUGGAGAUAAACUUUUUAAAUGCCAUUCUAAAGUUCAUUCUAUUCACUACAAGCGAAGGGUCUGUUUCCAUGCUGUACAUCUCUAUGACUCUCAUGAGAUGGUACAGUGAUGGCAAAAUGGCAGUACCUGGAUGCACAUACUGGAUUUCUAUUGACACCAACAUGUUUCAGUUAAGAAUCUAUACAAAAGGGAUGUUCACAGAGACCCUUCUAGAAGUGCUAGCUUUUGAGUUUCUGCACAUUUGCUUAGAUAUGAUAGUCAUAAAAUUAACUUUUCUACUUGUAUCUCUCAGACUUGUGUCAAAAGUCUUUAAAACAGAUAAUGUCAAAUAAACUAUUGUAAUGAUGAAUUAUAAAAAACAAAA